AUGAUGUCCCAAGAAAGCACAUCUCACUCCAAGAGGGCAUUCGGUUUCCCUUGGCUCCAGUUCCUCCACGACUCGUUACUGAUCCUUGUCCACAGCGAGCGCAAAGUCGACCUCAUAGAAAAUAGACUUGACAGACUGGGAGAUCUUGUGGAAAGGCUAGUAGCCUCGCACGCUUCUACGCCCAAUCUCAUAGCCCAAGCGUCACCAUCUACCCAGAACACUUCCGCAAGCACGACGUUGACCGUGCCCACGAAGCCACCUCGGCCGUCUCAAGGACAUAGCGAGAAUCCUCGCCCAGAGAAUUUGAUAGAAAAAGAAACGGUGCUCAAGGGGGAGUCUUCACUUUCUGCGCACUCGUCAUUUGCAGUCAACUUCAUGCACAAUAUUGUUGGUUCGCAACAUGAAGCAAAAAGUAAUUCCGAGUUCAGAAAACUGUUAGACACGGUCUCUCAUAUUGUGCAUGUCUUUAACUCGCAUCCCCUUUCGCCGAGACCAUUGUUUCCUCACGCCAGUGACAGCGUGGAGAUGCCUCCAGUAGCCACUGCUGUGGCUGUCUUACAAAAGGCACAGGAGUCGCAAGACCUAGAGCUUUACUACCUCAGGGCCUUCUUCGCCAACUUCCUCCACCCUCAGUCUCUAUCGGACUUAUGUUUGAAAGUCUACUUCUCCGAGAGCUACUCAAAUGCAGACUUCAUCAUUCUUAAUGCGGCAUUAUACUCUUUCGCAACCUAUAUGGCCACUAAACCUGAGCAACCGAUCGGCCCUACUCACACCGAGUGCAGAACCCUCAUGUUAUCAUCUCGCGCCAACCUAGAGACAGCGCUUUCACGACUCUCCCUCUACACAAAACACAGCUACGAGAUGACAUUAGCCCUAAUCCUAGGCGCCGUCCACGCAAUCGACACCUCCAACAACUCUCUCGCCUACAUCCUAGUAGGCGCCGCCUCCCAAAGCGUACGUUCUCUUGGCUAUCACACUCGAUCCGUAGGCGCGGACACGUCGGCGUGCGCACCGAACAACAAAGGCCUCCUCUUCUGGACGGUUUACUUUCUCGAGAAAUUCUUGUCUCUCCGCAAUGGCCAGUCCUCGUCCAUUCUCGACAGUGAUAUCACGAUCCCAAUCCCCACGGUGACACAAUCAUGCGACCUUUGUCUGGUGGGGUGUUAUCGUCAGAUGGUCAACCUAGCCCGAAUAGCAGGGAAGAUCUAUGAGGAGCUGUAUUGCGCAGGAUCUCUUCUGCUAUCGGCGGAUGUUCGACGGGGCCGAGCGGAUGCUCUGGCACAGGAGCUUCAUAAUCAUUCUCAGGUGGCGUUGAAGGAAAAUACAGCUUGGAUGCAGACCCUAUUCCCCGGCGAGAAAAAAGCCUUUGUCAAAUCGCUCUUCAUGACCGAUGAAGUUCUUCGUCUUUCAAUGAUAACUCUCGUGUAUCGCGCGAUGCCGCCCACAGACGGCUCCUCGACAUUGCACAACGAGUGUAUUCUGUCCGCUCGCGCGGCCUUGGAACAUCAUAUGUCCUUUAUUAAUCAUUUUGGGGCGUUUGACUCGGUGGCUCUGUCUGGUCAUGUUACUUGGUCCAUCCUCUUCGUCCCCUUCGUCCCCUUCAUCGUCCUAUUCUGCCACGCCGUAGAAACCGGCUCCAUAGAAGACGUCGAACUGAUGCAAACAUUCAACGACUCAAUCGAGUCCGCCUGCCCGGAAUCCAAAGCCAUCGCCAAACACCACCACUUGUUCCAGGUCUUCUGUGUCGUGGCUCGUCGGUACUGCGAGCUUAAAGCUGUCUCUUCCUCUUCCGCUUCUGUCUCCGCUUCCGAGCAAGAGCAGGAACAGGGACAAGAACAGAUGCUGCUGAGAAGGGAGGUGGAUGCGAGGCUUGCUGCGUUUGGGGUCCAGCCGAGUUUUUGGGCGGGGGGGUUGGAGUCUAGUCUAGGGGAUGGGGAUGGUCAGGUUGGAAGUGGUGGGGAGGGACGGGGUGAUUUGGAGGGGCUUCCUACUACUGGAAUUGCCGGUGGUGCUGCUCCUGCAUUAGGGGAUGAUGGGUUCAACGUGGGUGGUUGGUUCUCGUUUAGUCAGAAUGUGAUGUCGUUGUUGGAUUGUAAUGAGAUGCCGUUUUGA